AUGCUGGAAAUUGAGAAGCCAGUUCACAAAAUUGUUGAUGAAGCAACCAAAGGCCUAGAGCAGCUCGAGGUGCAGGAAAAAAAACCGAAACAAAGGAAAGCACAGAGCGAGGAAGAAUAUCUAGAACAGAAAAGACAGUUUGCAGAGAGCGGUCCCCAAGUCAAUAGCGAUGACUGGCUCUUUGACGAGGACCUUGUAUCAAGUUUAGACAACACAAAGAAAUUUGACCGUGUCCAUAUUCUACAUGCGUGUGAAAAGGCUUACUUCAUUAAGGACUACAGGAAAUGCCUAGAGCUUAUUCAAUUGGGAGAGCGUCUUUUCGGGGUUGAGCUUGAUGAUGACUCAGUUAAUGAUGGUUUGAAGACCGACUUUCAAAACGCAGGACGGAAAACAAGGAAAAGUACAAAGGUGGAGCGUCAUGUGGUAGAGCUUUUGCACAUAAAGGAAGCUUGUCUCAAGAAAUCCGAAGAUGCCCGACUUGAAUCAAAUGAUAGUGACAAAGCAACACCCGCGUUGAGACACGACCGGAACUGA